AUGUCGAGGGUCACGAAUACUGGAACACGAAGGGAUAGGAAUUUCACUACCGUGAAGGGUGACGUUUCUGCGGCAGCGAAGAAUCUCACAUCCGCCCAUACCCGCCUCCCAAAACAGGGGGUCUACAUCGAGAAGUUGUGUGAAACUUUGGUCAAACUAUCCACCAAACAUAAACGCAUGUCUGAUGUCCGAGACGAAACGGAACGGAACAUGGUUCAAAAGGAAAAUUCAUCAGGUGCAAUACUGAAACAAUACUGA